AUGGCUGCUAAUAAUCAAUACGACGUCACACCUGAGAAGCAGGCAAGCCUACCACGUUUCUUCUACAAUCAACUCACUGUUACGCCUACCGAGGUCCGCGAUGUUGAUCUCCGCGGGAAGACUGCAAUUGUUACCGGCGCCAAUUCGGGUGUUGGUUUUGAAUCUAGUCGUCAGCUUCUAGAUCUCGGACUCAGCAAGCUCAUUCUCGCGGUCCGCAGCGAGGAAAAGGGCAAAGCUGCUCUAGCUACGCUGUCCCAGGGUCGUACACUUGAUACCAACGCUAUAGAAGUCUGGCUCAUUGACUUUUCUGACUACGGCUCGGUUGUCUCGUUCGCCGAACGUACCAAGAGCUUGGAACGUCUCGACAUAGUCAUUCUUAGCGUUGGUAUCUUCCCAGCCAGUCGCACUUUCAACGAACGUACCAAGCAUGACGAGAUAAUUCAAGUAAACUAUUUAUCUACAGCCCUACUAAUCAUUCUACUCCUCCCUAUCUGUAAGGCCAAGAACACAAGCCAGCCAGCUCGCAUCACGCUUGUGUCUUCCGAAGUGUCUGCUUGGACAAGUUUCAAGGAGAGGAAUGAGCGUCCACUACUCGCUGCCCUUGAUAAACCGGGCAAUAUCAAUAUGCUCGACCGGAUGAUGGUUUCGAAAUUGCUCGGCCAACUCUUCUUGGCGAAGCUCGCCAAGCUCGUACCUACGACCGUUGCUAUAAUCAAUUCAGCCUCGCCUGCUGGGCUGCACGACACUGAAUUUGGCAAAGAGAACCAAAAAGGCGUCAUCGCCGCUAUCGUUAAGUCGGUUUUUCGACGCAUCUACUACUCAUCUGCUAUCGGUUCGCGAACUGUGGUCGAUGCCGCUGUCAAGCAUGGCAAAGAAACGCACGGAGAAUUUUUCUCGUUCCAGAAAAUGGUUCCUAUGGCUCCGCUUGUUUACUCGUCUGAGGGACAAGAGAUAAUUGACCAGCUCUGGAAAGAAACCAUGGCAGAGCUUUCUUUCGCACAAGUGGAGACGAUUUUGAAGGAGGUUAGCACGUGA